UUCUCUUCGUCUCUCUCUCUUCACUCUUUCUCCUCAGUAGUAGUGGUAGUGGUAGUUGAAGCAGAGGAGAAUAUAGCCUCAAAAACCCCAGAAAGAAAAGGGAAAAAACGAAAGCCAUGGAUACUGACGACGUUACGCAUGUACUCUUCACUAAAAUCAGAAGCAUAGACCCUGAUAACGCCACAAAAAUCAUGGGUUAUAUCCUCAUACAAGACCCACCCGAGAGGGAGUUGAUGCGUUUAGCACUUGGUCCUGACUCCCUCCUCCGCACCCUCGUUUUGAAGGCCAAAACUGACUUGGGACUUUCGUCGAACACUUUGUCUUCACCUUCUGCUCCUUCUCCUCACUCGCCUUUAAACCCCAUUUCCAGACCCACCAACAGCGCUGUGCAAAACCCAUUUUCGCAGUCGUCUUCUAGAAUUGCUAGAAAUGGCUUAGGGGAUUAUGGAAAGGUAACGCCUUUGUCACCAAGCAGCGGUCCAAAAUCAAGUCAUUUUCUUUCUCAUGAGAGUACUCUGUCUGGUUCUGGUUCUGUUUUGGCCCCUUCAUUUUCACAUCUGAAUAAUGGAAAUGACGGUGGUGAGGGUGGUAAUGGUGGUGAUUUUCUCGAUAACCAUCAAUUGAAUGAAUAUUUGUCCUUUCUUGAUGAGAAUUCAUCCAAAAGUGAGGAAUUUGUCGAUCCAAGGUCUCAAUUUGGUUAUUCAGCUAACAAUGAAGACACUAAUUUGCACAGGAGAAGUUUCUCAGCUAGUGAAUUGCGUCUUGAAUCUGAGGAUGUUGGUUUUGGUGGUGGAUACAAGCCUUGCAUUUACUUUGCUAGAGGGCAUUGCAAGAACGGGGAUAAUUGCAAGUUUGCACAUGGUGGUUUUGCUGAUAAUGUUGACCAUGGUGGUCAUAUUGUUGGUUCAUCCAGCAAAAUGGACUUUCUUUAUCAUCAGCUGGAGGAGAUGAAGAGAAUGAAAGCUCUCUAUCAGCAACGCUUGGCUGCUUCACAGUUCAUAGGCGGAGCUCCGUCACUGUUUUCUGACAAAAGCAUGAAUCUUUUCCUCCGGCAGCAAAAUGACCCGCAGAGAGCUGCUGCAUUAAUGUUGGGUGAAGAAAUCUACAAGUUUGGUCAGGAUCAACUAGAAAGGAAUGACCUCUUUGCAUUGGCAUUGGCAGAAAAGGCCAACUCAGCAUCGAGACAGAUUUAUUUGACAUUCCCAGCUGAUAGCUCAUUCAAGGAUAAAGAUGUCUCAAACUACUUUAGCUUAUUUGGACCAGUUCAAGAUGUGAGGAUCCCAUACCAGCAGAAGCGAAUGUUUGGUUUUGUUACCUUUGUCCAUGCAGAGACUGUAAAGUUCAUUUUGGAGAGGGGAAAUCCUCAUUUUAUAUGUGAUUCACGUGUGCUUGUGAAGCCCUACAAAGAAAAAGGAAAAGCCCCUGACAAGAGGCAAAAUCUACAGCAGCAGUUUGAGGUGGGUAACUACUCUCCGUCUUCUAGCCCUUCUGGGCUUGAUUUUAGAGAGAUGUAUGAGCUUCACCUAGGAGAAAAGAUGGUGUACAGUCCACAGGAGAUGAUUUUGAGAAGAAAAUAUAAAGAGCAGGCUGAUCUUCAGCAUGCUAUUGAACAGCAAAGCAGAAGGUUCAUAAAUUUGCAACUUCCAGACUUCAAGAGCGAUUAUACUCACCAUCGCAGUCUCUCUGUUGGGUCCUCUGUUUCCUUGCCUGCUCACCUUGUAAACCAAAAUGCAUAUCUUUCACUUGACAGCAUUAGUCAAGAAAUUGCUGAAGUAAAUGGUGAUAAGACAGCUGGUGAUGUUACCUCAACCAUAAAUGCUCCACAGGAGCUUCAGCCGCAAACACGUUCAGUUUGCAUUCAGAACAGUGGUGAUGACAAUAAGAAGGGAAGCCACACCCCUGAAUGGUGCCAAGCUCCGGAACUAAAUCCUGAGAGCAGGGUAGAGCAAGUACUUCCCGAUGGACUUUCUGGUUCUGCCAUGAAAUCUGCUGUAGAUCAGAGGCCCGAAAUCUCUCUUCUGGCAGAAAUCAAUCCAAAUAUCGAAUUAAAGACUACUUCAUCCUCUUCAGAAAAUAACCCAUCAUUGCCAACCACUUCUACCAGCGACACGGGUUCACCUCAACCAUCUUGUUCUUAAUGCUGGGGUUUUGCUAAGGGCAUGAAGCCAAUGAACUGUACGAAAUAAAGAAAAGUAGGGAAGCAUAUACAAGAGAUGAACUCUGUAGGUGUGUAUAGCCAAAUUAUACAGCGAAGAAUAGAUGCGUAGGGAAUAGACCGCAACGUCUUGAUGAAAUACAAAUACUACUGACAGCAAAUUCAUAUUUUGGAUACGUGAAGGACAGAUGAACUGAUAUAAAAAUGUAGGGUUUUCCUUUUUUUUGGUGUUUUUUAUUUGCUCCUGUUGUUGUUGGAUGUUG